CCCACAUCUAUCCCCGCCCCGCCCGUCCCGGAUCCACACCGCCGCCGCGAUGCCGUCGUUCAAGGCCCCGGCGCCGGGCUUCUCCGUCCGCUUCAGCCCGUUCCACGAGCAUCGCCUCCUCGCUGCCACCUCGCAGCACUUCGGCCUCGUCGGCAACGGCCACCUCCUGGUUCUCGACCUCUCCGCCGCCGGGCCCGGCCUCACCCCGCUCUUCUCCUUCCCCACCUCCGACGCGCUCUUCGACUGCGCGUGGUCCGAGUCCCACGACUCCCUCUGCGCCGCCGCGUCGGGGGACGGCUCCGUCCGGCUCUUCGACGUCACGCUGCCGCCGGCGCAGAACCCCGUCCGCCUCCUCCGGGAGCACGCGCGGGAGGUCCACGGGAUCGACUGGAACCCCGUCCGCCGCGACGCCUUCCUCUCCGCCUCCUGGGACGACACCCUCAAGCUCUGGUCCCCCGACCGGCCCGCCUCCGUGCGCACCUUCCGCGGCCACGAGUACUGCGUCUACGCCGCCGCGUGGUCGGCCCGGCACCCGGACGUCUUCGCGUCGGCGUCCGGCGACCACACGGCCCGCGUCUGGGACGUGCGGGAGCCGGGGCCGACCCUCGUCAUCCCGGCCCACGACCACGAGGUGCUCUCCCUCGACUGGGACAAGUACGACCCGUCCAUCCUGGCCACCGGCUCCGUCGACAAGUCGAUCCGCAUCUGGGACGUCCGCUCGCCGCAGGCGCCCCUCGCCCAGCUCGCGGGGCACGGCUACGCCGUCAAGCGCGUCAAGUUCUCGCCGCACCGGCAGGGCAUGCUCAUGUCCUGCUCCUACGACAUGACGGUCUGCAUGUGGGAUUACCGGAAAGAGGACGCCCUGCUGCAAAGGUACGGCCACCACACCGAGUUCGUAGCCGGGAUCGACAUGAGCGUGCUCACCGACGGGCUGCUCGCCAGCACCGGCUGGGAUGAGAUGAUCUACGUUUGGCCAUUUGGGAGUGAUCCGAGAGCAAUGUAACACAACAUGUUUUGGUGAUCUGUAUCAUGUCUGUUGAAUCGAUCUUACAUUGGUUGUGAUACACAUGGAAUGGAAUGGAAGUAAACACCUGGUGAGUUGAAGUUGGAAUAAUGCUAAAGUACCAUUGUUUGCUUCA